GUCAAACUGCUGCGCCGCUGUGCGGCUUCAAACCAAACAUGGCUUCCCGACUAGAAAUCAAUUUCAUCAGGUUAUUGUCUCGCUGUGAGUCUUUGGCGUCGGAGAAACGGGGAGAGACGGAGUGGAGGCUUGAAAAGUAUGUGGGCGCCCUGGAAGAGAUGCUGGUGGCUCUGAGGAAAAGCCUGAGCAAACCAACACCAGAGGUCCUGGCUGAAUACACCAGAAAAGUCAAUUUUCUGAAAGGAACUCUAGAAGCAGAGAAGCUGUCUUCACCAACAGAAAAAGCUUUAGCUAAUCAGUUCCUCGCCCCCGGCCGGACGGCCACGAUGGCCAACGAGAGGAUGUCUGUCACUAAAAAAGUCCACACGCAGACGAAGGCGCGGUGCACGGGAGAGAUGAGGGACGAGCUGCUCGGCACGGGGUCGUCGGGAAAAGACGGAGACUUGAGGAACCGAAGAUGUUUUCCUCUGGACGAGCGUCAGUCUGCCGCAGAGCUGGACGCCGUCCUGCAGCAUCACCACAACCUGCAGGAGAAGCUGGCUGAAGACAUGCUGAACCUGGCCAGAAAUCUGAAGAACAACACUUUGGCUGCGCAGAACAUCAUCAAACAAGACAACCAGACUCUGAGCCAGUCCAUGCGUCAGGCGGACCUGAACUUCGAGAAGCUGAAGACGGAGUCCGAGCGGUUGGAGCAGCACACUAAGAAGUCUGUGAACUGGCUGCUGUGGUUGAUGCUCAUCCUAGUCUCCUUCACCUUUAUCAGCAUGAUCCUCUUCAUCAGAAUCUUCCCCAGACUCAGAUGAUGACCGUGAUCAUCCUCUGAACUCUUAGUCCCAACAUGCUCCCGUGUUUACAAGAGCAGUAACUUCAUAGGCCUCCGUAGAGCUACAGCGAUACAGAUCAGUAGCUGUCAGUAUCAAAACAAAUCAGUUUCACGGACUGUCACUUUACACUUUUGAAACUGAAAUCUUUCUCCUCUACAUUAAAGUUUAAAUCAUGGCUCGAAGCGCCAGAAUUCUCUUUUUUUGACACAGCAGAAUCUACUGGGAGCAAAGUCUUAAUGCACGGACGACGGGACCUGAGCCUUAACUAUUUUAACCGUCAUCAGGACGGCUGCGAGCCAGUCAACACAUGUAUGUACUUUGUCACCAAGUGAAACUACAAACACACAGUCGUCUUUGGUGGAGCAGCUGUUUCAUACUCGUGCACUGAAAGGCCGCCGUCAGCUGUAAAUCAGUUUGUUACAUUUCAUUAACUGAACGCAAAGUAAAAUGUGCCAUCGUUUGCUAAUGCUUUACUUUAAAUCCCCAGUUUAGUAUAUUUGAUUUGAUAAACAUCAUAUAACACGCUGUAAUGUGGCUGUAAGCAGAUAUAAACAUGCUGUACAUUUUUAUGAUAUGUCACGUUUCUACACUAUCCAGUUCCGACCUCUGGGGCUGAAAAAUGAAGAGUCAAAAACUGCAGUUCCACCUGUGGCCACUUGAGGCCCGCUCCAGGAUUGAGUCGUUCACCCACAGACUCGCAUGUUAAAAUGUGGCGUUACAGUAGAAAUAAGCACAUUAACAGCCUGCUACUAGAAACAGUUAAAUUCUGACCUUUUUGACAACUUUACUGGUUUUUUUCUUUCAUACCUCACUUGUUUAAACUUUCCUGAGGCUUAAAGUCGGGCUGAGUCCACUUUGAGUGGCAGGAGGUGAAUGUGAGGCAGGAAGCUGCAGGCUAUUGUGAUUCACCUCCAGUGAAGUUUGCUCUCACAUGUGGUGGCUUCCAGUCCAAAAAACACAACAACGUAGGGAUGACCAAAAUCACAAACCACAGGGUGAGUGAUGUUCUUUAAAGUAAAGCAUUACCAGCUGUUCACUGAACGCAGCUCGGUAAACUCGCACUGGUGUUUAUCAUUUAAAUGUUUAAACGUCGUUAAGGUUCAGAGCCGGCGUCGUCAGCCCUGUUUAAGUCUGUUUCCUGCGUCAGGUGAUCGUGUUUGUUCUAGACUGUGACGGCUGCUGAAGCCGAGGUUCACGUCCCAUUCCUGUUUGAGGGCUCACGUGUUGUGCGUAGUAUCACUAAAAUGUCGUCUGAUUCAAGAGAGAAAUAAAAUAAUUUAAUUUCCC